AUAAGAUGUCUAGUGAAGUGUUGCACAAAAAUGAGCUUCAUGUGGUUAUGUUUCCAUUCCUGGGAUUUGGUCACAUUAGUCCAUUUGUUCAGUUAUCCAACAAAUUGUUCUCACAAGGGGUUUACAUCACUUUCUUAUCAGCUGCAUCCAACAUUCCCAGAAUCAUAUCAACUCUUAAUCUCAAUCCAGCCAUCAACAUUAUCCCACUUCAGUUCCCAAAUGGUAUAAGCAGCACUGCUGAAUUGUCACCUCAUUUGGCUGCAAAUCUCAUACAUGCACUUGACAUUACUCAACCUCAGGUGAAGUCCCUUCUAUUAGAACUCAAACCCCAUUAUAUUUUCUUUGACUUUGCGCAAAACUGGCUCCCAAAAUUGGCUUCCCAAGUAGGCACCAAAUCUGUUCACUUCUCAGUGUUUUCUGCCAUUUCUGGUUCUUACAUUGUUGUGCCUUCAAGACUCGCUGAUAUAGAAGGAGGGAACAUCACUUUUGAGGAUCUUAAGAAACCCCCACAUGGGCACCCUCAAAGCUCCAACAUUUCCCUCAAGGCCUUUGAGGCCACUGACUUAAUGUUCCUCUUAAGAAGGUUUGGUGAAAACCUCACUGGUUAUGAGAGAAUUUUGCAAAGCCUCAGUGACUGCUCAAUUAUUGUGUUUAAAACAUGCAAGGAAAUAGAAGGACCUUACUUAGUAGAAAAGCAAUUUGGUAAACCAGUUCUUUUUUCUGGUCCACUAGUCCCAGAUGCAUCAAUGGAUGUGCUAGAGGAAAAGUGGUCCAAAUGGUUAGAUAUUUUCCCUGCCAAAUCUGUUAUAUUAUGCUCCUUUGGUAGUGAGACUUUUCUAAAUGAUGAUCAAAUCAAGGAACUAGCCAUAGGGUUGGAACUCACUGGCUCACCUUUCAUUUUGGUUCUGAAUUUUCCAUCCAAUCUCUCUCCACAAGCUGAGUUGGAGAGAGCAUUACCAAAAGGGUUCUUGGAAAGAGUGAAGGAUAGGGGAGUGGUGCACACUGGGUGGUUGCAACAGCAACGUAUCCUGAAACACUCUAGUGUAGGGUGCUAUGUGUGUCAUGCUGGAUUUAGUUCUUUGAUUGAAGCUAUGGUCAAUGAUUGUCAGCUUGUGCUGUUGCCUUUCAAGGGUGACCAGUUUUUCAAUUCUAAACUCAUAGCCAAGGAUUUGAAGGCAGUGAAAACUCUAAUGGUGGAGGAUAACAAAGAGACAGGGAUGCUCAUAAGAGAAAACCACGUGAAAUGGAGGGAGUUUUUGUUGAAUAAGGAAAUUCAGAACAAAUUCAUCGCAGAUCUUGUUGCUCAGUUGAAGUCCAUGGCUUAG